AACACCCACUGAUUUCAUAUUAACAUACUCGGAUUAUCCGAGUGGGAUACUCCAGGAGCAUGCUCAGAUACUACACUGGUUUGUACCAAGUAUAAACUAAAAUGAAAUUUGUGCUAUAUUUUACUCCAUCCAUCUCGGAAUUAUCUUCAUUCUUUCUUUUUUUGCACAUUUUUUUACUACACUAGAUACUACACAUUUUUUUUGCAUAUGCACGACUCUCCUUCACAAAUAAGGAGAUAAUUAGGGGAAGGAGGUACAGAGAAAAUUCAAUCUCUCAUGCCGGCGCCAGUGCUCGUCUUCCGCCUUGGCCGUCCUGUUUUCCAUGACCGACCUGGUGCUGCAGCUUGUAAUCGGCGGGUUUGAAAUUAAAAGUGCUGAUUUUUUAUACUUAACCCAAACGAGGCCGUUAUCAGACCAAAGCCCCAAAUGCUGAAAUUGUCUGAAAGGCCGAGGGAAGAGAACGUGAGGCAGUGAGGAGCCGAUUGAGUGAUUUGGGUCUGCCGAUUGGGUGAGGAACGGAGACUAGGCGAGCGUCUGGUCGUCUUUGCUUGAGCUUCAAUUUUUCACUGCUUCAGACCUGAAACACUAUGAGAUUGCUGAAGAAGUUAAGGGAGUGUCUGCAUUUUAGUUGCACAUUGCAAUUCUGGAGAAUGACAAUCUUCUGGACCCUUGCUCUGGUUUUUUCCUACUUGAAGUUGUAUUCGCAAAACUUUUUAUUGAAGAAAUAUAAACGCUAUCCACGCUGCUCUCCAAAAGAUAGUAUAUAUGUCUCAAAAUCUCUAACUAGGCCAGUCUGCGUAAUAACUGGGGCUACGUCUGGUUUGGGAGCCGCCGCCGCCAAUGCAUUCGCCAAUGAAGGCUUUUAUGUUGUUCUUGUAGGGAGAUCAUCUGAACAGCUAUCAAAGGUUACAUAUGAUAUCAGGAAAAAUAAGGUUGGUGUUUGCCUGAAAGCCUUUGAGGUUGAUGUAACCUCCUUUGAGUCGAUUUUCAAGUUCAAGAGGUCACUUCAACAGUGGCUGCUCGAUUCAAAUUUGCAUCCUUCUAUUCAACUCCUGAUAAAUAAUGCUGGAAUCCUUGCAACAACCUCUCGAGUCACUUCUGAAGGAUAUGACCAGAUGUUCACAACGAACUAUAUCGGAGCAUUUUGUAUUACCCAAGUCCUGCUCCAUUUACUGGAAAGUAGUCCAAUCCCUUCACGCGUGGUUAAUGUCACAUCCUUUACACAUCGGAGUGUAUGGUCCAUGCAGGUGGACAAAGGAGCUAUCAAGUGUCCAUCAAAAUUAAAGUGGUACCCCUAUGCAGAAAUCUAUGAGUAUUCAAAAUUAUGCAUUUUGUUGUUUUCAUAUGAACUGCAUCGACAAGUUGGCCUGAUGGAGAAACGUCAUAAGCUCUCUGUAGUAGCUGUGGAUCCUGGAGCCGUGAAAACCAAUAUUAUGCGAGAAAUUCCUUCAUGGAUUUCACAGCUGUCAUAUGCAGCCUUGAAAAUUUUGGGUAUGCUUCAAACACCUGAAGAUGCAGUAGGCUCUAUUCUUGAUGCAGCACUUUCCCCGCCAGAAACAUCAGGAGUCUACUUUUUUGGAGGAAAUGGAAGAACACUUGCAUCAUCCGUGCUUUCCUAUGAUUUGAAAAUGUCCAAGAACCUUUGGGAUACAUCAAAUGACCUGUUCCGGGAAUUACAAGUAGCUGCUGAGAAGCCUGCGGACAUUCACCCUUGACCUAAUUUUUUUUUUACUCAGUAACAAUCAUCAGCAUCAACUCCCUUAAUCCAACUAUUCUGGUUUAUUUUUAGUGUUAGUUAUUUCUUUAACAUUAUUUACUACUAUAAUGUGUAAAUAAAGAUAAUAAACAACUACUUUGUCUUGUGAGCUUGAUUUACAUAUAUAAAAAUGAUCUGAUUGUAGAACCAUAAACCAUAAGGCCAUAACUCCCAUAGGCAGUGUUUUCAUCAAGGUGGACCAAGUUCAGUUCCGGUA